GAGAACUGUGUCUCCGUGCUCAAUUUAUGUGAAUUUAAACCGUGAGAUCAAUCUAUUGCCGUAAGGUUUCUCUUCGUAUUUCAUCUCCGAACUAAAUACUAUGCUUUACUUGUGAUAUAAACCGGUUAUUUGGUGUAGCGACUGUGUUUGUGCAACAAUGGCUAAUAAUCGUAUUCCGUCGGGUCCCAACACUCCUGGAAGCACCCAGACGCCUACGCAGCAAGGUGUGAAGAUAUUUAUACAAAGGGACUACUCCGAAGGCACAGCAGUGAAGUUCCAGACCAGAUUUCCGCCAGAACUCGAAGACAGAAUAGACCGCCAAACGUUUGAAUACACGAUGGAGAGGUUGAACGAACAUUUUGACAUGGCCGAGACAGCAGACUGCAGCACGUACUGUGAGGGUUGCCUCGCUUGCCUCACCGCUUAUUUUAUUUACAUUUGCACAGAAACACACUAUGAAAAGCAUUUACGGAAAGUAUCAAAAUUCAUAGCGACACAGAAUGAAAGAAUUUACAAUCCAAGAGGCAUACACAUCACCGACCCCAUACUAAGGGGUUUGCGAGUAAUUGAGAUAACGGUGAUCGAUGUACCGAACUGCCAGAGUCCGACAGGUAACUCAACAUCAACUAUGAGGCACACUUGACCACCACACGACAGCAGGGAAUUCUUUAUGUAACAAACACGUUAUUGGUUUUAAAAACCAUUGUAUCGUGCGCCAGUGUUAUUCUGUAUCGAUAACACGACCAGGACUUUAAAUUGAGAGAUUGCGAUGGACUAGUGAACGUAUAGAAUUCUUCCUGCAAUAAGUCGGAAUAAGCUGAUGUGAAUGUGGAAGUCGAAAUAUAUGAUGUGAAAUUUUCUUGAUGUCUAAGUUUUUUCACGGUGGUUGGUAACAUGAUAGGUUAAAGCAUGUUUAAGAGUUUGACAAAUGAGAUAAAAGAGCCUCGAACAUAUCUUGUAUAAAACAGUUGCUUUUUCUGGAAUCAUUUCUACCGAAUCAAGUAGUGUUGUGAAUAAAAUAAUCAUGCUAUGAAACUAACUACUGAAAGCUACAUUUAUUGGAAGUGUCUAUAUGGGAAUUGUUCUUUUAAAUGAAAAAAAGUGAACCUGUAUUUCAUACAAUACAGCUUUCUUUCUUCACUUCACUUUUCUAUAGCUUCAAAGUAAAAAAAGCAAGUAACUAAGUAAUGAAAUAAACAAUUUUUCUUUCUUUAUAUCAACUGAUCUAGCUCAUCUUUCAUUUGUCAAUCUCUUCAGUGCCAGGCGUUAUAGCCUUCCUUAUUUUGUAUAAUUCAUGGUGUUCAAUGUCAUGUUGAUCAGAUAUGUUUAAAUAUUCUUGCGUAUACAUACCAUUAGGCUCUUAAGUGAUGGAAUCAUGAAGAACUGCGUUUCAAAUGCAGCACAUUAUCUAUGAGAUGUUAGUUCUAUACGUAAUAAACUUAAUUGUGUG